CCGACAGGUGGCGCUGAAGUUCAUUCUCAUGUGUCUGGACGGUCGAUUCACAAAAAGGCCACCUCACGUGGAACAUUCUAUUUUUAGCGUUCAGUCUUCAGCGUUAUGUUUUGAGACAUUGACAGCUUAAUAGCCCGCCUAUUAUGUAAGACGGUUUCUCAGCUCGUUAACACGGCCAGUACAUCUAGGCUUGUACAUGCGGUCUAUCGGGGCGGAAACGGUACCCCUUCUUUGUCUAGCAGAUUUAGUACUAAUAGUGGAUCAGAAAUUAUAUGCCUCACCCCUCAGUUUAAAAUACGAGCGCAUCGUGUAUACAUACGAUGGCGGCGUCAGAAGGAGGAUUUUGGUGGAGUCAUAAUCAAAUCAACAGUCUUAUCAGUGUUUGGGGCGAUGACCCCAUACAAGAACAGUUAAAGAGUGACCCAAAGAGGAACAUCCACGUGUUUAAGCGGAUUUCUGACCGACUGCAGACGGAACACGGGGUGCACAAGACCCCAGAGGCAUGUCGUGCCAAAAUAAAGAAGCUGAAGUUCUUGUACAGGAAAACCAAAGUGCUUGGCAAGAGCAGCCACAGUGUCAGAACACAGGGAAGAUUAAGAUGUGAGCACUUUGAACAACUGGACAGAAUAUUGGGCUCACGUCCAUAUAGUGUAUCACCUAUUUGUCUAUUAAAAACAGAGCCAGAUGCAGACAAAGGUAUUCCAUAUAGUCAAAGUGCAAUACCCGAUACAGUUAAGCUUGGCAAACAGCUUAAUGAGGGGAAGACCAAGAUCGUGUAUGAGAUUACCUCACAACCAGGCAAGGUGCUACUACAAUCAAAGGACAAAAUCACGGCAGGAAAUGCUGCUAGGCAACACGAGAUGAAAGGAAAAGCUAUUGUAUCCACGGCAACUGCUGCUAAGGUGUUUGAGUUACUGGCUAUUGCUGGUGUUAAGUCCCACUUCAUCAAGCAACACAGUGAUACAGCUUUUAUUGCCGAAGCAUGUGACAUGAUCCCUAUAGAGUGGGUCACCAGGAGAGUCGCCACGGGGUCCUUCCUCAAACGUAACCCUGGAGUCACUGAGGGCUAUAGGUUCUGUCCUCCUAAACUUGAAAUGUUUUAUAAGGAUGAUGCUGCUGGUGACCCACAAUGGUCAAGAGAACAGAUCCUCGAGAGCAAGAUGACCCAUGGUGGCCUCCUCAUAGGUCCAGACGAAGUGGACAUGAUGUCCAAGGUGACCGUUUGUGUGUUUGAGAUCUUGGAGAAAGCCUGGGCAACACUGGAUUGCAGCCUGAUUGAUAUGAAGAUAGAGUUUGGAGUCAAUAACAAGGGUGAGAUUGUCUUGGCUGACAUCAUUGACAGCGACUCCUGGCGGCUGUGGCCCUCUGGUGACAAACGCCUGAUGAAGGACAAGCAGGUUUACAGAGACAUGGCCGAGGUCACGGAGGAGGGCCUGGCAUUAGUGAAGAGAAACUUUGAGUGGGUGGCCGAAAGAUUAGAUCAUUUGACCCCAAAGCCAAACUGCAGAGCAGUAGUCUUCAUGGGUUCUCCCUCGGAUUUUGCCUUUAGUCAGAAGAUAGCUGAAACUUGUCAAAAAUAUGGCCUCCCAUGUGAGAUGAGGGUUUCGUCUGCUCACAAAGGGACAGAUGAGACCUUGAACAUUUUGGCUCAAUAUGAAGGUGAAAAUAUCCCCACUGUGUUUAUAGCGGUGGCUGGCAGAAGCAAUGGUCUUGGUCCAGUCUUGUCUGGCAAUGCCAGCUGGCCGGUCAUCAACUGCCCACCCAUUAAGGCUGAUUGGGGUAAUGAAGAUGUUUGGUCAUCUUUGAGGCUGCCUUCUGGUCUCGGCUGUUCAACAGUGAUAUCUCCCGAGGCUGCAGGUUUGAUGGCGGCACAGAUUAUGUCCCUUCACGACCACUUAAUCUGGUCCCGCCUACGCGCUAACAAACUCAACACCUGGUUGGGCCUCAAAAAGGUGGACAAAAAGUGCCGCACCGAGCAGACUGUGGAAUAGCCAGUUACUUUUUGUGGGAGUGGAGAUGGCUGAAAUGUGCAGGAGGGGGCAAUGAAAUUUUUAUAUAUAUUCAUCGAAUCUCAAGCUGGAGCAUUGCACAACAUUUAAGUUUCUGUAACAUUACCAAAGAAUGCUAUUUGAAGAUGGGUGGGGUACAGUUUUAAGUGUGAGAAUAUGAUAAUGGGCACAUCCUGGCAACAGGUGAUGUUUCAUAUUGGACAUGAAGAGUGAUGUUAUUAGCUGAUAUUUUCUGUGCACUUUACAUUUGUAUGGUUUGCACUUGACUCAGUGUUGUAACUUCUAGGGGGCAUAAUAACUGCAUUGUUUAGAUAUUUUUAUCGAAUAUGUUUGCUUUUUACAAUUUUGUUAUUUUAUACUGAGCUUGAAAAUUAUUUUUCUUUUUUGCUUUUGAUAACACUUGCUUUCUGCUAGUGGUGGCUCGUACUUAAAUAUUGGUUGGUUUAUUUUAGAUUUUGUUUCUUUCUGUUUGUAGAAGCAGGGACAUUGUAAACUGCUCAUUACUUCCAAGACCAAGUUGUUGGUCUCUGUCAGCUUGGAAUAAAUUUGCAGCAAUAUUUGAUCAAGGAUAGUAGCCAUUCCAAUUCCAAUCAAUUUGACUAGCUUUAAGAACACUAAAUGUGCCAUAAGUAGUGCUUUUGGUGACUACAAAAAAGCAAGAAAAGACUUGAUGGUGAUACUGUAUUACAAUAGGGUAAAUCAGUAUUUGGCAGUUUGAAACAUUCCAUGAACCACCCAUUUACAUUUAAUGAAUUGUCUCGAGUUUUUGGACCAAAGAGUGGCUUGAUUUACUUGGAUUUAGAAAUUCCCUUAUACUAAAAAAUGAGAUUAGUUGAUCACUUGUAUAAUAGUUGUAAUUUGGAUUGGAACUAACAAAUAUAUUGUAGAACUUUAAAUGCACAAAAAAGUGCUAGUCUGAUCACUUCUAGAAUAAAAUACAUACAAACAACA